UCUUUUUCUUGUCCCACUCCUAUUUCUUUCAUUCCAUUCCCCCUUUCUCUGUAAAGCUGGUUUGCCCUAAAUACAACCAUUUCCUUACAAAACCCUCCUCUUUCCAACACUCUCUUGUCCACCCUUUGACAGUAGAGAGAGAGAGAGAGAGGGGUUUUCAAUCUCUUUAUAGUGAAAUAGGAAGAUGGAAAAGCUCUUCUUUUUCAGCUUUACUCUCUGUUAAAGAAAAACACAUCUGGUUUUACUAAGAUAUAUCACACAGUAGAAAUCUUUCAAUGGCUCCUAGUUAUGACUGUGUAGCUUCAAGUCUCCUCUGCCCAGAAGACAACAAUAGCAUCAUGGGUUUUGGUGAUGAUGGUGUUGGUGAGGGUGUGGAGGGACAUACAUACCAUCAUGGCCAUGAUAAAGAAGAUAUCUUUUGGGGGGAUUCUUUGAUGGGUUUUCCAUUGCAGAGUGAGGAGUGGCUCGGUUUGAUGGUGGAGAGGGAAUGCCAGCAUCUUCCCAGGGGGGAUUACGUUGAGAGGCUGCAGAGUGGCGUUUUGGAUUUGUCUGCGAGGAGAGAUGCAGUGGAUUGGAUUGGGAAGGUUCAUGCCUAUUACAGUUUUGGACCGUUGAGUGCCUACUUAUCUGUAAAUUACUUGGAUCGGUUCCUUUCAGCCUAUGAACUUCCUCAAGGUAAGUCUUGGAUGAUGCAGCUUUUAUCUGUGGCCUGCCUAUCUUUAGCAGCCAAAAUGGAGGAAACUGAGGUGCCUCUGUCUCUAGAUUUACAGGUUGGAGAAUCAAAAUUCGUCUUUGAAGCUAGGACUAUACAGAGAAUGGAGCUUCUGGUGUUGAGCACUUUGAAGUGGAGGAUGCAAACUGUUACUCCAUUCUCGUUCAUAGAUUACUUUCUUCAAAGGAUCAAUGAAGGCAAACUGCCGCCAAGAUCCACAAUUUGUGGAUGCAUCGAACUCAUCUUAAAUACAGUUAAAGGGAUUGAAUUCUUGGAAUUCAGGCCCUCUGAGAUUGCUUUAGCAGUGGCAAUAUCUGUAUCAGGAGAAUCCCAAACGGUGGAUUUGGAUAAGGCCAUUUCCUGUGGCAUGCAUGUAGAAAAGGAGAGAGUAUUGAAGUGUUUUGAACUAAUUCAAGAGAUAGCAUUGAUCAGUAAGCCUGUUAAAUGUGUAAGUAGGCCAGUCUCAUCAGUGCCACAGAGCCCCAUUGGGGUGCUGGAUGCUGCAUGCUUGAGCUAUAAAAGUGAUGAAAUUACAGUUGGGUCAUGUGCAAAUUCUCACACCAGCCCAGCCUCUAAGAGGAGGAAGCUAAACAGAUCAUCUGAGGUGGACAUGUAGUCAUGAUCUUGUUGCAUAAGGGGGGGUUUUCUCACACAUGCCAGUUUGGUUGGUUGAGUGGGAGUUUUGGUGUGGUUUGGAAGGUGCCAAAAGAACAUACAAGAGGGGGAAAAUAAAUGAAUAACAAGGGGUGGGGAAUCAAUUAAUCUACAGCAGAGAGAGAGAGAGAGAGCUACAAGACUUGUGUAUCUCUGAGUGGGAGGAGAUAAAGCUUGUGAGAAAUUGUGAGGAUAUUUAUAUUUGUUGUUUUUUUAUGUGAAAAAAAAAAAAUUAGAAAAAAAAAAGUGUCCAUUUGGGACUUUAAAAAAGGGAGGGUUUUAUUUUAAAAAUAGAUUUUUAUUAUUUAUGAUAUUAAUAUCAUUGUUUUUUUUU